GUGCAUGCAUUUAAGGACACCAUCUGCCUUGCAUCCGCCAUACGGACAGCUCUCCGCUCGGGCAAAGAUGGCCGCUGCAGCUGCCCCGCCGCUCCAAUACAACAGUCGCACCGGAGAGCCCUUCAUUCGCCUGCCCAGUCCUCACGAGAACCUCAUCCUCACACCUCCUCGACCGAGCGAUGUCGCUGCAAACUACUCGUGGAUGACGGACCCGAAGGUGUACAAAAUGCUCGAGGGUCCUCCCUUCCCGUACCUCGAAAGUAACGCUAUCAGCUGGAACGAGAUAAUCACCACGCAGGCCGCCGAAGCCAUGCGCGAGUUCCAGGAGGCCCAAGCCGCAGAGCGCAGCACUGGCACCAAGACGUUCGUGGGCACCUGCCCCGUGCGCUACAUCAGGGAGGUGCAGGAGGAUGGGUCAGACGUGGCCCUCGGCGACAUCGAUGCCCAUCGGUGCCAGUUUCCCGCCGUCAGGGACCCGGACGAGAAGGCGCGCCUGGCAGAAGAGAACAACGCCCGGGAGCUCGGCGACCCAGACAUUGUCUGGUGCAUCGGCAGUAAGUAGGCCCGCGUUAUGUCGCCCGCCGAUCGUGCCCCCUGACGCGCGUGGAAACCCCAGACUGCCUCGCGAGCUCGCACCACGGCAAGGGCAUCAUGUCGGCCGCGCUGGCCGCGCUGAUGGAGCAGUGGAUGAUCCCCCAGAUGGGUGUGCGCAAGAUGCGUGUGGAGACGUUUGAGAGCAACAUUGGGAGCGUCAGGGUAUUCGAGAAGAAUGGGUUCACGCUGGAGGAGACUGUGUCCUGGACGAAGAUCAUUAAUUGCGGCGAGACUAUCUCCGGGUAUCACGUCCUGUGGUGGAAGUCUCCCUGAUAUGUCCCUGUUGGUCCUCGGUGGCAAUAAACCUUUUGCUUGCGUCACGAGCACGUCGUCGCUAAGGCCCAUAAUCGUCGUUGUCGGCCAGGUUUGCGUCCCCAUGUCGCGGAGUUCCGCUGUCAGCCCCGUCUCUUCCAUUCAGUAAGCCUAUA